UGUGUCAACAAGAUCGAAGGGAGCACGUAAGAGAGAAUCCGAACAUUUUAGUGGUUUUAUUUCAAUGAAUUUAAGAAUACGGAUUGAAUUUAAUGUUUUGAGGUAUGCGAGAAGAAAUCGCCGCGGCAGUCGUGUUUGUGACACGGCUUAUUCGACAAAAUGGUAGCCUUUCGGAGGGCAAGGUAGACGACUUUUCAAGUUGUUUAUCCGCCAUUUUGGUAGAAAAAUUUAAGAAUCAUUGGUACAGAGAUAGGCCGGCUAAGGGACAAGGAUUCAGAUGUAUCCGUAUAAAUCCAUCGGAACCGAUUGACCCGGUCCUUGAAAAAGCUGCGAGUGACGCCGGAUUAGAAUGUGCGGAGUUGCUUUUACCUGUAGAAAUGACACUAUGGGUCGACCCCGAGGACGUUUGCUGCAGGUUUGGCGAGAUGCACGGAUCAUCAGUUUCUAUGUACACACUUGCAACCACCAAGGAUGGAAACCUGGAGAACCGGGCCCACGUCAUCAACAUCGAUGAAAUCAUGGAGAAGGAGCGAGAACGACAUAACCAGAUGGUAAACAUUGUGACAACUCGCAGUACCUCUCAGUGCCGUCCUCAGCAGUUCUCUCGGGGACUUUACUACGGUAAGACAGCAAACUUCUACAGCAAGCACCAGCACAACUUCUACAACAACCAGGCCUUCAGCUCAACGAACCGUCAGCGACGUACAUCAGAGGAGGAGUCACAGGUGAACGGGAAACGGGUCUCUCCUGAUCAUGUCACUGAAGUGCGGCAGCAGUUCAUGGACCAGGUAAACAAUGCUGCAGGGAAGUCCGCCUCGUCUUCACCAGCAAAACAACCACCCACCAAGUCAACGGAAAGCUGUGUCAAUCAAACUAAGGAAAACCAGAACAGUAAUAAGACUGUGAAAGCAGGUGAGAAUUUGAAUAAGGCAACCAAGGUGCCAUGUGGAGCUACCACAACUGAGGACAAGAAAAAGGUUAGUUGUCAGUCAGCUACCAAGUCAAAAUCCUCGGCAGAAAUUACGUCAUCUUCCACCACUCCAUCAGCAUCAUCUUCUAGCUCAUCAACAUCGACGUCAUCAUCGACGUCUGUGCCAUUAUUGGCGGCGCCAGGUAGCUACAAUCAGGGACAGAAACGUGGUACUGACAACAAGGCAAGGAGUAACGGGGCGUAUCCUGGCAACACAGCCUCAUCAACAGGCUCCACCAAUGCCCACAACAAAGGCAGCUAUCAUGGCAACGGAAAUUACCAGAAAUCGUACCAUAGCAAGGGAGAUAACUACCACUGGAAUAAAGGCAGCACAGGCAGCACCAAUGGGAAUGGCGGGGCAAAGCAUGCUCCAAAGUUCCACUGAUAAAGUAUUUCGUGAAUGUGUAAUAUUAUUGAUCUAUUUAUAGAAUUGGAUUGUAUGAUGUGAUAGAAUUCAUGUUUCUUAUUGUUUCCAGUUAAAUUUUACUUAAAAUAGAUUUCUUUGAUGUUUUAGCAUUUAUGUUAUGAAAAGACUGGCAGAAUUAGAUUCACAUUUGGUCCUUUUUCUAAAUGUAACCUUGGAGUUGUAACCAUUGGCGUAAUAUUACUAUUGCUGUUCUUGCAAUAAUCAGAACAAUUUUCCUUUUUGUCAAAUAUUUGAAUUAGUUCAUAACUUUUGCUUUUGACAUUCUGUGUUAUUUGAAGAAGAUUUUCCCUAAAGUUUUCAUAUAAAGACAUGAAAUGUUUUAAGGAUAUUUUUUCAUCAAUUCUUUUAGUCAGACUCUUUGAAUUAAUUGUUUAUUUGUAAGUUGCUGAUUGUUGUAAUGAAAUGAUAUUCUGUUUUAAAGGAAUGAGUGCCACUUUACAUGUAAUUACUUAUCACAAGUAUGAAAAUGAUGUUUAAUGGUUUGAUCAUAAUGUUAUACAGUAAAACCUUGUUAAUCUGGGCUCUGGUAAUCGGGACACCUGCUGUUUUCAUUGGUAGGAUACUAUUGGUUUGUCCAAAAAUACUCGUGCCGGAACCAGAAGAGUUUUAUAGGUAAAUUCUUUAUAAAAUAUAACUGGAAAUCAUGUCUAGAUGUCAAAUGUACAAAGUGUUGGUUUAAAUUUUCAGACAUGUACACUGCCCAAUGGGGCUAUAACUAUAACAAGUUAUUAUAAUCAAUUUUUUAACAAGCGCCCUAUUAAGGGCAGUUUUUUCAAAAGUAUGAAAUCAAUUAAGUCUAGAAAUACCAAAGUCAGGUUUUGCUCAUCAAAACCUUUGUAAAACUGACCAUUUGCUCAGUUAAGGAGGUUUUUCUGAGAGUCCGUGGCAGUGGGUGCAGUUUGGUGCUGUGUAAGUAUUGGGGAAUAACGUUUAGUGAGUUAUGUAGGAAGGUAACCAGCUUAUUUUUCAAUAUUGUAGAAUUAUCGCAUUUGUUUUUAAUUAAGUAUGAGGUACAAAUUUGUUUUUGGCAGCAUAUUUUUCCUGAUCACAAGAUUUUGAAUCAAAGUAAUUUCAUCGACAUUUGGUACAUAUCAUUCCCAUAUAUAAUAUGCCAGUAAUGGUUUAUGUGUUAGCUGAGGUCAAAGGUUGCUCAGUAAUAGCACACUACAAGUGUUCAUCUUCGUCUCACAAUCUCUGUUUGUGAUUAUUGUGUGUGCUACCAAGUAGAUUAAUUCUGACACCCUGUACAUGUGUGUAGACGUUUAUUGCUGAUUUACCAGUUUAGUGAGAAAAUGUACUCGAAAUCUCAAAGUUCAAUAGAGUCAUCAUAAAAUGGUACAAAUUUGGCAAUUUAUCAUUUAUAUUAGAUUAUUAAAAAAAAAAUAUGUUAAGCUUUUAUUUAAAGUUUGUGACUCGUAUAUUUUAUUUCUCUGUUUUCAUUUGAAAAAGCAAUUGUGUGAUGAUGUUUUUUUGACAAAAUUUGUAUAAUGAUUUUAUGUUAACGAUGCAGGAAACUUGAAGAAUAUAUCUGACACACUUGGUUGAACUUAGAGAAUAUAUCUGACACACUUGAUUGAACUUUGAGAAUAUAUCUGACACACUUGGUUGAACUUUUUAGACAACCUGUUUCUCAUGAUUUUUGAUUUUCCAUAAGAUAAAGAUCUGUGUUGUCUGAGGUUUCCCGGUUUAGAGCACUGGAGGUAAAGAUCUGUGUUGUCUGAGGUUUCCCGGUUUAGAGCACUGGAGAUAAAGAUCUGUGUUGUCUGAGGUUUCCCGGUUUAGAGCACUGGAGAUAAAGAUCUGUGUUGUCUGAGGUUUCCCGGUUUAGAGCACUGGAGAUAAAGAUCUGUGUUGUCUGAGGUUUCCCGGUUUAGAGCACUGGAGGUAAAGAUCUGUGUUGUCUGAGGUUUCCCGGUUUAGAGCACUGGAGGUAAAGAUCUGUGUUGUCUGAGGUUUCCCGGUUUAGUAGUGAUAGAGUAUAUAUAUACAUUAUUGUAUCUAUUUAGUUGGUACAGUCCUACAACACAGGGAGGCUACCAGUGUAAGACCAAUAUAUUAACAACUGCAUUUUAUAGGAUCAUUUCCAAAAACAACAACAAAAAAACAGUGUAAACAACAUAUUUUUUUAGUGUGCUGGUCUAUUUUUUUAUGUGAAUCCCAUUAACGCCUUUCAUAUAAAAUAAAAGGCUUGCAGUAAUUUGCAGUUCUUUGCUCGCUUAAAUAAUACUUGAAGUGUAAAACAAAUUAAAUAUGAUAACAGACUUUUAUCUGAAAAUUGCAUUUCCACUUAGAUUUGAAGACCAACAGAAUUGACCGUACCAAUGAUACAGUGGUUGAUCAUUUAUAACUUAAUCAUGGCUGAGAAGUAAACUAAUUGUAUCCACCAAAUACAGGCUGGAUGGAGUUGGGGCUCUAGAAAUAUUGUACAUUUCUAAACCGACGAUAAUACAUGCUUCAGUGUUAAUAAUGUAAUGGGUCAAUCUGGCCACCUCUGUUUGACCACUGGAUGUUGUGUUCAUUAACAUGGGACACUCCUCUUGGUAUACUAAUGGGGGGGGGGACAAACCGUUGUAUGUCCUUUGAACUUUAACCUUUGACCUAACAACUUGAUUUAAUCUUUGGCCAUAUAACUUUAAAUUUGAUGUGCAUGUUUCUUUUUUUAAUAAAUUUGAUCACUAAUAAUGAAAUGAUAUUGCAUUUUAAAACCAUAAUGUGAACUUGACAAGUUGUUAGUUUGUGAUAAGCCAUGGCAGUUUUUGAUACCUUUGCAUUGUCUAACCUCAUAUUCUCAAUUUUAGUGUUAACCAGUAGAAACAGUUAGAGUGACCACCUGUCAAGUAUAGACCACACCCACACAACUUCUCAUAAUACAUGUAAAAAAUAAAGAUCAAAGUGAUAUUUUCUUUUACUGAAAAAAAUUGAUUGUGAUAUUCAAGGAAUUAUUUUACCUCAGUGAUUCAGGGUUUUGAACCAACAGUAAUGUGUUGAUAUUUUAUAAUUUGAGGUUUGCUGUAAAGGGCUGUUGAUGUAUGUUAUUGAACCAGUAGUGAUGUGUUGAUAUUUCAUAACUUGAGGUUUGGUAUAAAGGGCUGUAGAUGUAUGUUAUUGAACCAGUAGAUUGAAUGUGAUAUAUUUGUGUUAUUUUGAUUUAUUGUAUUGAGUUGUAUCGAUCUAGCAUUACUAUUGUGAUAGAUGCAUGGUUUUUGUGAAUUGUAAUUUAUAUAUGUAAUUUGUUUGAUUACCAUUUUAUAAGCAAUUCUAAUUAGAUUCUGUUAAUUCAAUGUUAUGUUUCCUAGGUAUAAAAUAGUGAUGGACUUGGAAGUGUUCAGAUUGGAGGACUGAUAAUGUGCUACUGUAUUUGCAUUUUUCAUAAUGUUAAAGAAACAAUAAUUUGUAGUUCAUGAUAUAUAUUUGUUUCAUAUCCUGAAAAAUGAUUAAAUUCCAAUGUGAUUCGUUGAUGAAAACAUAUUAUUGUUAGUCACAUGAAGGAGAUCUGAACAAAACGUUGCUGGAAAGGUUGUGUACUGACAAGUUUAGAAAAUUGGAGGGUGGUUUAAAAUAGUCCAGAUUCCUAGUUAUAAGGUAAUGGUGUAGACACAAUUGAUCACUUUAUCUUUUGUUCGACAGUGCUACUAUUGCCAGUAUAUUGCUGUGUUCAGAUUUGUCAAUGUUGUGAUUGUUAUGCAUGCAUUUAAAACAUCUAAGAGGCCCAACUUAGGUGGCCAGCCAUUUAUAUCUCGACUGCCAUCAUUAUUAUCACUCAAAGUGCUAUCCAUUUAUCCUAUUAUAUAUUUGAGAAAUUUAAUCUUAUCAAAAUAUUUGCAUUCCCUACCCCAUCUGAAGAUAUAAAUAUACCAUUGUACAGAAAGUAUGUCCACUAAGUGGACAUGUUCUAAAAAAGAUUAUACAUGUAUGUACAUUCAUCAAAGGAAGGUAAUGGGGUAAAUUAGAUAUAUAUGAUGCCCUACACUAGUGUUGUGUAGAUGGUCAAUGUCUAUGAUACUGAGAAAGUUUCUAGCCACUCGAUGUGAGAGAUACAUAGGAAAGACACCAUUCCCAGUUGUUAAUGUCAGCAGGUUUUGCCAUUUUAUCACCAAAUAGCAUAGUAAUGUGCAAAAUAUGAAUCAUUUUCAUUUUUGGAUGGCAUUUUGAAUGAAGGCUAACAAUGCCAAAGAUCCUCUAGGUUAAGUUAUACAUAUUUGGAAAUUUACAUUAAUUUAUUUUUAUUGCAAAUUUUGUUAAUUUUCUAUUUAGUUGUUUGGAACGAAAUGGAGCAUCUGUUUUUAGCAAGAACAGAUGGUAAAUCUUGGUUUCAAAUUUGUGUUUUUUGUUUGUGUGUGCAAUGCAGAAGAUAAGUUUUAUGUAGAUUAAUUAGUGAUGUCUAUAGUACAAUAAUAUAAUUAAUUGAAUUGCUGGGUUCUGUUGGAAUGUGUUUUUCUGAAAGUCAAUGAGGAUGUGUAUCAUUGACUAUUCGGGUGAUAAUUAUUAGAAAAAAUGUUUUUUUGACUAUUUUAUUGUGUAUCCACCACCUUUCGGUAUUUUAAGAAUGCGUAAUCCUUUUAACUAAUGGAGAAAUAUAUGGCUCUGUGAAGAAAUUUGACAUCUGUAUUAACAUGGGUCCUGUCCAGCAAUCAGACAACUACUGUCAGUAAUCCAUGAUUUGACCAAAAGUAAAAUAAACCCAGAAAAAUAAAUUAAUAUCAAGGUCACUUUAAUAUGCAUUUUGAAAAUAACAUGAUUACUAGGGUCUGCAGGGUAUUUAUAUAUCCCUUGUUUAAAGGGUUUUUGUAAUGUUGAUCACAUCUACUAGUUUCUCCAUUAAAAUUGUUCUCGAUUGUAGCAUUGUGCUGAAGUCUGCUGACAAAUAGCAUUGAGAAUCGAUGUCAACUAUUGUAUCUAUAAAUAGGAGUGAGGCAUUACACAGCGACAUAAGGAAAUACAGAAGCAUGGUAACAGGCUGACAACAGUUAAGGACCUAGGGGAAACGCUUGAAAUGAUGCUUGCUAUUAUCAUAUGUUGUGAAUUUGUAUUGGAUGAUUUGUACUUAGUUGGGAAUUUUCAAGAUAUUUGUAUGUACAAGGCAACUACUUCAGAUCUGCAGGAAAUUAUAUUCCUUUAACAAAAUUUUGAAUUGUAUAUAUAUUUUAUGCAAUUAUUUGUUUAUAUUUAAAUGGAAUAACUAAAUUAAUUAUUGUAUUAUUAAUGUUUGUGUAAACAACUGUUUGGCAGUGCUAGAUAGACCGGUUAUUUUUGGAUCCCCGUACCACUGUCAAAAACUGUAUCUACACAUAGGAAACUGUCUAGCAUAUGACUACAGCUGGGAUAAAGCAUUUCUGAAAAGGAAAUAAUAAUAUUCAUGAAAUAAGCAAAAUGUCAUUAACAAUAGAGUUCUGAGUGUAGAAAGUUAAGUGGGACUGGACCAGGAUCAACAAUAGAGUUCUGAGUGUAGAAAGUUAAGUGGGACUGGACCAGGAUUAACAAUAGAGUUCUGAGUGAUGAAAGUUAAGUGGGACUGGACCAGGAUUAACAAUAGAGUUCUGAGUGUAGAAAGUUAAGUGGGACUGGACUAGGAUUAACAAUAGAGUUCUGAGAGUAGAAAGUUAAGUGGGACUGGACCAGGAUCAACAAUAGAGUUCUGAGUGUAGAAAGUUAAGUGGAACUGGACCAGGAUCAACAAUAGAGUUCUGAGUGUAGAAAGUUAAGUGGGACUGGACUAGGAUUAACAAUAGAGUUCUGAGAGUAGAAAGUUAAGUGGGACUGGACCAGGAUCAACAAUCGAGUUCUGAGUGUAGAAAGUUAAGUGGGACUAGACCAGGAUCAACAAUAGAGUUCUGAGUGUAGAAAGUUAAGUGGAACUGGACAAGGAUCAACAAUAGAGUUCUGAGUGUAGAAAGUUAAGUGGAACUGGACCAGGAUCAACAAUAGAGUUCUGAGUGUAGAAAGUUAAGUGAGACUAGACCAGGAUUAACAAUAGAGUUCUGAGUGUAGAAAGUUAAGUGGGACUGGACCAGGAUUAACUGUGAGUUACUUCAGGUUGUUACUAUUGCUCUAACCUACUGAGAUACCCAGUCAACGAAAGUGUCCUGGCUCAAAUGUUUACAUGCCUAAAUGAAAUUAAGGGGAGGUUACUGUAGUUACCACAGUGCAUUGGGACAGGGAUUCUUAAGGGGAGGUUACUGUAG